AUGUCAGUAGACGUAGCCGUUGGCGAUGCUGCGGAAGAAGUAGCAGAGCUCGACGAAGGAGCCACAGCUGCGCUCGAAGAGGAACGUGCUGCAGAGCUGGAUGGUGAAGCAGUAGCACUCGACGAUGGAGAGGCCGCAGGGCUUGACGAAGCAGCAGGGCCUGAAGACGAAGCGGGGCUAGAGGAAGCUGCAGCACUUGAAGACGGAAGAGCAGCAGAGCUCGAUGAUGGAGAUGCUGCGGAGCUGCUGGGCGCGGGCGCGGCAACUGAGCUUGAAGAAGGGGACGCUGCCGAACUUGAAGAUGUUGCAGGGCUGGAAGAUGAACUCUGA